AUGAGUGCCGAAGAGAUAGAGUCGAAGUUGGGCCAGUUGGAUUUUUCUGAUCUGGAGAUAGACAGUGAUACUGAUUCUGAUAGUGGAGAUGAUAAUGAGCAAUCUACUCUGAGUCAGGCCAGUAAACCGUUAGCUUCUAAACCAUUGGAGAAGGAGGAUAUUGUUACCAAGUAUGCCGAUAAAAUAAAGACUGAGCCAUUCAAAAAGGGGCCACAAGUUACAAAAGAUAGAUCAAAGAGGGCAACUGUUGAGCAAGUUUUGGAUGCUAGAACAUUACGAUUUUUGGGUAAAAUUUUUCGUUCUGGUCUUAUAACUAGAAUCAAUGGCUGCAUAAGCACUGGGAAGGAAGCAAACAUUUACCAUGGAACUCAUGAUGACGAAGGUGUUACAGAAGAGUUUGCCGUGAAAAUAUAUAAAACUUCAAUUUUGGUUUUUAAGGACAGAAAGAGGUAUGUCGACGGAGAAUUUAGAUUUAGAAAUACCAAAGAUCAAGGAAAUCCAAGAAAAAUGGUUAAAAUUUGGGCUGAAAAGGAAUUUAGAAAUUUGAACAGGAUUUACCAAAGCAACGUGCCCUGUCCCAGGCCGUACGUCAUUAAAUCGCAUGUGUUGGUGAUGCAGUAUUUAACUGAAGGUGAUGAUCAACCAUCUCCUAAAUUGAAGGACUAUUCAUUCAAAAAUAUUGAAGACAUUAUCAAAUAUUAUCGAGAAAUGCUUAUUUGCAUGAGGCGGUUGUUUCAAAACUGUCGAUUAGUUCAUGCGGAUUUAAGUGAAUACAACUCUAUUGUGCACAAGGACAAAUUGUACAUUAUUGAUGUUUCACAGUCGGUAGAGCCCGACCAUCCCAUGGCUCUUGAUUUCUUACGAAUGGAUAUCAAAAAUGUAAACGAUUAUUUUGCGAGACAAAAUAUUGACAUAUAUCCGGAGAAAGCAAUAUUCACGUUUGUUACUGAACCUUUGGGUAUUGAGGAUAUAGAACAAGCUUUGAAUUCUUACUUAGAUUCAACUCCUUUAAAGACGACAAAGGAUCAAGAAAUUGAGGAUGAAAUCUUCAGAUCCUUGCACUUGGUUAGAUCCCUAAAGCAUUUGGACGAAAGAGAUUUUCAAAAGUUUUCAGAAGGAGGUGUUGACACAAUGAGGGAAUUGGUUGCACCCGCCCUACCGUCUGAGGAGACAACCGCAGCCAAUGGCGACGACUAUGAUGAGGCGCAAGAUGAAGAGACAAACGAAACCGAAACCGAAACCGACAAAGGCUCUGAAGAGGAUUAUAGUGAUGAUGACGAGGACGAGGAUGAGGACCUGCUGGACGAGGACGAACACAACAAACCCAAGGGAAAGAAGUAUGAGGACAAGGAUGAAAAGAAGGCAAGAAAAGAAGCAGUGAAAUUGGCUAAACAGGAAAAGAGAAAAACUAAAAUGAAAAAGCACGUGAAGAAGAAGCUUAUUAAUAAGCGGAAAGGUAAGUAA